GCGUCAAUGCGUUUAUUUAAGUUUAUGUAAAAAAUACGACAGCUGCUCGUCGAGGUCAAACAGACAUGACUCCAAUAUAAAAACAGAGUAGAGAAAUCGUUGUUCUCAUUUCCGGUUUUAUUUUCGACCUGGCUCGCAUUAAUUAUUAAGCAUGCUACCAUUAGCGAUUUUCUUGUUUGUCGGUGUUCUCGUGCAGCAGACGUUCGCUGAUGAACCCGAGGCGAUCGUCGGUGGGACGACUGCCGCACCAGGUGAAUUCCCGUAUCAAGUUUCCUUGAAUGUAAACAACAAACAUAUGUGCGGUGGUUCCAUCGUCAAUAAUUACACGAUAUUAACCGCUGCCCACUGUGUCAGAGGCAUCGUAUACCCACCCUACAAAAAUUUCUAUAUUCUUAGUGGGACCAACGAUAACACUAAAGGAGGACAAGUCCAUCGUGUGAAAAAAGUCCGAGCACAUCCGGGUUACAUAGAUAAUGUAGACUAUUCUUGGGUAAAUGAUGUCGCUGUGAUCAUACUUGCAGAACCAAUUAAAUACAACAAAUAUCAAUCUCCCAUCGAGUUGGCUGACUCCCAACCAACUCCCGAUACGGUGUGUACUUUGUCCGGAUGGGGUCAGACAACCGUAAGUGGAGGAUCUCCGAAGUAUCUUCUGAAGAUGACCCAGUCUGUAGUCUCGCUCUCUCAAUGUCAGAAGAGACAUCAUGAUAUGCCUUUGACUAACAGUCACUUGUGCGCGUAUAAUCGUCGUGGAAUUGGCGCUUGCUCGGGUGACAGCGGUGGCCCUCUGGUCGCUAACGGCAAGCAAGUGGGUCUUGCUUCCUGGGUUUUUUCUUGUGCUGCUGGUAAACCUGAUGUAUAUACCAAUGUCUAUCAUCAUAGGAAGUUCAUUCUAGGCGAAUGCAUGUUACCGUUUGCGAUUUUCCUGUUCGUCGGCGUUCUUGCGCAGCAGACGUUCGCUGACGAACCCGAGGCGAUCGUCGGUGGUACGCAGGCCGCACCGGGUGAAUUCCCAUGGCAAUGUUCCUUGCAGCAGUCCGGCUCACAUUUUUGCGGCGGUUCCAUCAUCGCUCCCACCAAGGUAUUGACUGCUGCUCACUGUGUGGAGAGUUUUAGAUCCCCUAGCAGUUUCCGUGUCGUUACCGGGUCCACCGAUAGCAGAGGGGGAAUAACCCACGUUGUUCAAAGGUUCGUAAUACAUCCCGGAUACACGGGUCAGCAAAGGGAUUCUUGGAGAAAUGACGUCGCUGUGAUCACUCUUGCUGCGCCAAUUCAAUACAACCAAUAUCAACAACCCAUCGCCUUGGCCACCUCCCAGCCACUUUCCGGUACGUCAGCUACCUUGUCCGGAUGGGGUUUGACAAGUACAAAUGGAAAUCUCUCGCGAUAUCUUCUGAAGAUGGACCAGUCUGUAGUCUCGAUCUCUAAUUGUCAGCAGAGACAUCGAGGUAUGCCUUUGGAUAACAGCCAUUUGUGCGCCUUAAACAGACGUGGAAUUGGUGCUUGCCAGGGUGACAGCGGUGGCCCUCUGGUUGCUAAUCGUCAACAAAUUGGUGUUACCUCUUGGGUUUUGCCUUGCGCUCAAGGUGAACCUGAUGCCUAUGCCAAUGUUCCUUCUCUUCGCCCCUGGAUUCUAUCACAGACGUUCGCUGACGAACCUGAGGCGAUCGUCGGUGGUACGCCUGCCGCACUAGGUGAAUUCCCAUGGCAAUGCUCUUUGAAUUUGAAUGGUGGACACAUAUGCGGUUGUUCCAUCAUUGGUCCCACCAAGAUAUUGACCGCUGCCCACUGCGUGCGUGGUCUAGUAAAGCCACCCUAUAACAAUUUCUUAGUUCGCACUGGGAGCAUCGACUCCAAUACAGGAACCAAUUUCCGUGUGCAAAAGGUUGUAGAACAUCCACAGUAUAGCGACAAUCACAAAGAUGCUAUGAGGAAUGACAUCGCUGUAAUCACUAUUGCAUCGCCAAUUCAAUACAAUCAAUAUCAAAAACCCAUCGCUUUGGCCGACUCUCCGCCAGCUCCUGGUACGCUGGUUACUUUGUCUGGAUGGGGUCUGACAAACGUUAAUGGACGACCUGCACGAUAUCUUCAGAAAAUGAACCAGUCUAUAAUCUCGCUGUCUAAUUGUCAGAACAGCCACCGUGGCGUGCCUUUUACUAGCACCCACUUGUGUGCCUACAAUCGUUUUGGAAUUGGUGCUUGCAUGGGUGACAGUGGCGGCCCUCUGGUUGCUAAUGGCAAGCAAGUUGGUGUUGUUUCCUGGGGUUCACCUUGCGCUGUUGGUGCGCCUGAUGUCUACACCAAUGUUUACCAUCAUCUCAGUUUCAUUGCAUCGUCAUAAGCAGAGAUAUUUGGCACGAUAUAAGACUAUCCAAUACUAUGUAUCAUAUAUAUGAACCAAAAAUAUAUUGUUGAAUGUUUCAUUGUAUAUAAUUUUCUUGCAAUGUGGAGACAUGCAAUUAUGUCAACUGCAUUCUGAAAAUAGAGAAAAUUCUUAUGUACUCUCCUAUUAAUAACAAAUUAAACUAUAAUUCAUUUUA